CCUGCCCGAGUACUAGCAGAGCUUAGCUUUUAUCCCGUUACUUGCGGGUGCGAACAUCACUCGGUCCCGGUUACCCUGAAAAUCGUCCUCUCACCCUGAUGGCUGAGUUUAGGGCACGUAUGCAUCUGAGCAGUGAGGGGAACGCUCGGCAGCAAGGCCUUGCUGUUAGAAUUGGUCAAUCCGACUUGCUGCUGGAAUUAAAUGCACACGAGACCUGGGGAUUUCUUCCUUUUACUCUGUGUACUCCGGUUACACUGACAUUUACGUGAAACAAAAUUACAUGAACAUUUAAGAGCUUUCUUAAUAUAACAGGCUUUGAAGAACUAAUGACCGGAAAGGGGAAAACGAGACUUCCCAGAUUUCGUUUCUUCAGUAUGGAACAUGAGACUGAAAAUAAUAGCUCAGAAUGUUUCUGAAGAAGAAGAAGUUUCCUUUGAGGUAGAAAUGGAAGGAAUUAAAAGAGAGGAAUCCUGCCUUCCCAUUUUAGGUGACAAUUGGGACUGUGAGAACCAGGAAAGAAAUUUAAGGCAAUCUCCUUUAAUUGAUGAGAAACCAGGGGUUCAGGAAGCAAAUUGUGACCAUCUUGGUUUGGGGGAGCAUUUGAGUACAAAUCCAGCCCUUCUAGCAACAAAUGGCUUUCAUGUUCAUAACUCAGAUAUUAAAACUUUUGAUUGUGAACAGACCUUACAUAGUUGUCCCCAGAGUUAUACAGCGAGGGGAACUGGUGAUAGUGAUGCUUGUGAAAAAGCCAUCCACUCUUCCAUGGAAGUCACUCAACCUGUAAGAAACCAAAUGAGAGACAAACCAUAUAAAUGCACAGAAAGUAUUAAAUCUCUAAACCACUUUACUACUCCCCUUUGUGAUAAAAAAAUUAAGAAAAGAAGCAAGAAAUUUUACAAAGGUAAGGACUUUGGGGACAUUUUGGCCCUGAGCUCAUCUCUUAAUGAAAAAAGAAGUCAUUCCAUUGAGAAACCCUAUAAAUGUACUGAAUGUGGCAAAUGCUUCAAACGGAACUCUUCUCUUGUUUUACACCACCGAACUCACACUGGUGAGAAACCUUAUACCUGUAAUGAUUGUGGAAAAUCAUUCUCCAAGAACUACAACUUGAUUGUACAUAGAAGGAUUCAUACAGGAGAGAAACCCUAUAAAUGCAGUAAAUGUGGGAAAGCUUUUAGUGAUGGAUCAGCUCUGACACAACACCAGAGGAUUCACACAGGUGAGAAGCCUUAUGCAUGUCUAGAAUGUGGAAAAACUUUCAACAGAAAUUCAUCCCUGAUUUUGCAUCAAAGAACUCAUACAGGGGAAAAACCAUAUAGAUGUAAUGAAUGUGGGAAACCCUUCACUGACAUCUCUCACCUUACGGUACAUCUCAGAAUCCAUACUGGUGAGAAGCCUUAUGAGUGUAGCAGAUGUGGAAAGGCUUUCCGAGAUGGCUCGUACCUCACCCAGCAUGAGAGGACACACACUGGAGAGAAGCCUUUUGAAUGUGUAGAGUGUGGGAAAUCCUUCAAUCGCAACUCUCACCUCAUUGUGCAUCAGAAAAUUCAUUCUGGGGAGAAACCCUAUGAAUGUAAAGAGUGUGGGAAAACUUUCAUUGAGAGUGCAUACCUCAUCAGGCAUCAGAGGAUUCACACUGGUGAGAAGCCCUAUUGUUGUAACCAGUGUCGUAAACUCUUCAGGAACAUCGCUGGACUUAUCCGGCAUCAGAGGAUUCAUACUGGUGAAAGGCCUUAUGAGUGUAAUCAGUGUGGUAAAGCUUUCAGGGAUAGUUCCUGUCUGACCAAACACCAGAGGAUUCACACUAAAGAGACUCCAUACCAGUGUCUGAAGUGUGGAAAGUCCUUCAGGCAGAAUACUCACCUGGUAGUACACCAGCGACUUCAUAACAGGGAGGGUCCCAGCCAGUGUCCUCAUUGUGGGAAAAUAUUUAGAAGGAGCUGGUGUCUUGCCCGACAUCAGAGAACACACAUUAAAGAGCAGCCUGUGGAAGCAUAAUGAACGUGGGCCAUAUUCUUCUUGAGUGAACAAAGGAGAUGUAUCUUCAUAUAUGACUUCCCUUGUUAACAGAAAAGAAUUUGAAUAUGAAAUAUUCUAUUAUCCCAUUAAUUCUGUUAUUAGGGAACUCCUGAAGAGAGGAUUGAAUGGUAAUCAAUGUAGAAAAGGCUUCAGGGAUGAUUCAGCCUAUACCAAACAUGUAGUGCAUACACUGAAAUAAAGUACCCAGAAGUGAGGAUAUUUCUCUAGAAAUACCCACCUAACUUUACAUCAGGAUACUUAAAUUGGAAAGAACCUGUGAAUGCAUUCAGUAGAUAAUCAGUAGGAGGCAUCUUUAAUAGAGAGUAUCACCUUAUUGUAUAUAAGCAAAUGAUGAUUAGACUCUAAGCUUCUAAGUUUAAUUAGGAAGAGAAGCUUUUGUCAGGUUUUACUGUCUUUCCUGUAUCAGCAAAGGCAGGCAUAGUGGUGAGAGGUCUCACACAACGCCCCAAAACAACCACAGGAUUUAGUUGAAUUUGCUGUUUGAAUGUACUUCUGUUUUAUGGUGCUGCCAGAACACUGAGGACUCAUUUAAUGAGGUGAAACUGGAUGUAAGAGUUGCUUGUGAUUGAAAUGAAUUUGUCCCUCUUAAUACUAAAGUACUCUCUAUGAUGGAAAGGGCUGCUUCUAAGAAAUAGGAUCCAUUGCUUUAGUUGUUGAACAAGAAAACAUUGAAUUGUUGUAUUUCAGUUAUCACUUGCCUUCAUCAUUGUUGAUCAUUUAGGACACUAAUUUAUUUAGAGUUCAAGUCCUUUGAAGCAAAAUCCGAAGGUUUUGUUGCCAUACUAAAAAUACUUAAAUCAUUGCAAAAGAAGGCAUAAAAUAGAUCUAUUAUUAUUGCAGUCAUGUUAAGUGUGUUCAUAUUUGGCUAUAGGUUAGCAGUGUAUGAUGGAAAAAAUUUAAUGGCUUUCUUAGGAGACUACAAUUGUGUAAUUUAACUUUUUAUACAUUUUUAUAUAAUAAUUUGAUGAUGUAUAUAGAAGUGAAGCUAAAAGGAAGUGAAUUUGGUGUUUUCUUGGAUCUUUGCCAGUGGAUAGAGGCCAAAGAUAUUGUUAGACAUCCUACAAAGGCUAGAUUAUGGUUACAGGAAGCUGUAAGAUUCUACAGGUGUAUAUAAACAGAAGCUUCUCUGGAAUCAGAACAUCCUGAGCCUAGAAUCAUUUCUUUUGGAACUUGGAUUAUAAAGAUUACGGCAUUGUGGAGGGAGAGGCUUAUCAGUUUGAGGAUAGGGAAGAGAAAGUUACAGAAAAAUCUGGAUAAUCCUAGCAUCUCUUUUCUCAGUACAAUGCUAGCUGAAUGAAAGCUAGACAAUUUGGUUGAAAGCUUCAAAGGCCUGUGAGUAGCUCUCCUGGUAAUUUUGACUUGAUCCUGUUUUCUAUCUUCUGGUUCCUAUGGAGGGGGAAUCUUAAGUCUAUUUUGAAAUAAUUAAGGCUGUUGAGUAGAUUCAUAAGGAAGUCAAACAUCUCACUCUUCUGUAUGGAUGCCCUUCUUUGACAGGAAGAACUAUCAUAUGAUGGGGAUGGAGAGAUAGUAGUUAAGAGCACUUGUUAUUCCUGCAGAGGACCUAGGUUCAGUUCCUUGCAUCCACAUGGUGGAAAAGCUAUUGGUGCCUAGUAGGUAGAGGCCAAAGAUAUUGUCCGAUUCCUA